CUCCAUCGCAGUCUCGCUCCGCUUUUACUUCCUUCCCUCUCAGGAAGCCUGCUGAGGCCAUCCACUCGUUUGUUUGCUCACAAUGCUAUCAUCCACUCUUUUGAGAAUUUUCGCGAUCGUUACUCUCUUUUCAGUUGUUCUUAGUUCGGACAUCACAACCUUCAGCGAUGCCAAUUGCCAAAGCUCGGUCAAGAAUCUCGACGCUGUGAAUGGUUAUCCGGACGGUGUUUGCACGCCGCUCAAUCUGCGCUCCCAGACCUUCCAGAUUGCGAAGCUGGAUCCGGGAUGCGCUGUUACCUUGUAUGGACCCAACUCUGGUUCAUUGUCGUGCUCAUCGGAGCUGAAGAUCGUCGCCGAUCUUGCAACUUGCUACAACGCGUCCUGGGCGUAUUAUAGCAUCGACGGCUGCUCACCCCCAUCUUCGUCCUCAAUCGUCCUCCCAACCGUGACACCAACGCCGUCGACGUCCUCGAUCACAUCGCCGUCAGCAACCUCAUCAGCGACAACGCCGCCGAACCCAAACUCUAACCACACCGGCGUCAUAGUCGGAGGCAUAGUUGGCGGCGUCGCAGUGUUUGCGCUUCUCUUCGGUAUCGCUCUGUUCUGUCUUCGCCGCCGUUCUGGGAAGCCACUCCCGCCCCCGCCGUCAUACGAAUUGUCGAACGACCAUGCGCGAGUGGAGUUGUCGUACCCCGAGAAAACACGCCAGAUGGAACUGUAUGGCCACGAGGCGGCGAUCGAACUCGGUAGGAACAGCGCACACGUUCCGCCAGUGGAGCUACCCGGCGAUGCAAUGGUUGGCGGGGACAAAAAAGGCCUGAAUCCGAUCAUGAAGAUCCACAUGGUGCGGUGACCUCGCGAAAGAGCGGCGUGUCUGCCCUGAGACAUCAACUACGCAUCGUAGAUUGUGCGACACUGCCGGAUAUUCUAACUGGGAGUAUUGUUCGGUCUCUGAACGAAUGGCCACCCUCUCCGCUACGGUAGCUUAGAAAGAAUAAUGUCACCCAUAAGAAGUCAUUUUACACACCGCGCCGAGCAUCAGGGAGAGAAGUUAUGAAUUGCCCGAUUUGGAGUAUGGCAGGGUUAAGCGACGGACUUGCUUACGGGGCCGGCGGAAAAUAUUAUCGCAUGUCUAAGGCUGAAACGGUUCAAGGGAUGAGUGUACCUGGCCAUAGAUUGGGGUAUGUAAUGCGCCAUUUUGCUUUCCGCCUUCCUUCGGCAGUCUAGGGUCCAGAUUGGGUUAAUGGGUCGAGCGCGACG